AAACUGUUGUGUUGCAGCGUCGAUGAGUCUGAAUCGUUUUAGCGAAUCGGCUCGUUCGGAUGGUUCGUUUGCUUAAUGAACCUGUUCAAAAUAAAUCGAUUCACUUGAGUCAUCACACAAAACUGUUCUCUGCGUGGUAUUUUACGGUUCGUUUAUGUUAUAAACUCUAUCACUGAACAUUAUAGCCUAUAUAUUGUGUCGCAUGCUGUUUUGUUUAUUGUUCCAAAACGUUUGUUAACAAAAACAUUGUUUCAAACGAGUGACAAACGCCUUGCGAAUCGGUUUGACCGAGUCUUCAAAAGAACGAGUCGUUCGUGAUUCGGACCUUUCUACUGUACUCAUCUAAUUUCUUCUUGGGUACCCACAGUCACAGACAUGUGUGCCUCAGCUGCACGUUUUAUCAAGCCUGUUCUGCAUGGAUAUUUCAGAAGUUCUUGCUCUUGGAGAGUCAGGAUAGCAUUUGCAUUGAAAGGGAUCGAGUAUGAACAAGUACCAGUAAAUCUAAUCAAGGAUGGUGGGCAACAGCUCACAGAUCAGUUUAAAGCAUUAAAUCCAAUGCGGCAAGUACCUGCAGUCACCAUAGAUGGCAUCACCUUGUCUCAGUCGUUGGCCAUCAUUCAGUACAUUGAGGAAACUCGGCCAGGGACCCGCCUCCUGCCUGCAGACCCAAAGCAGCGUGCUCAGGUCCGCAUGAUCUGUGACAUCAUUUCCUCUGGGAUCCAGCCCCUUCAGAACCUGUAUGUGAUUAAGAAAAUUGGAGCAGAGAAGGUACAGUGGGCUCAACAUUUCAUCAACAGAGGAUUUGAAGCCCUUGAGCCGAUCCUAAAACAGACAGCAGGGACGUACUGUGUAGGUGAUGAGAUAUCCAUGGCAGAUAUUUGUCUUGUGCCCCAAGUCUACAAUGCUGAAAGGUUCAUGGUGGAUAUGACCCUGUUCCCUACUAUCAAAAGGUUAAAUCAGACCUUACUUGAGAUUGAGGCCUUCAAAGUGAGUCAUCCAUCUUGUCAGCCUGAUACCCCCGAUGACUUGCCAGCAUAAUUUUGUAAAGAUCCUUACUGAAAUUAAUAAAGCUCUUUGAUAAACAUU